AGUUCCAGGGCUAUAAAUGGCGGGCGCCACCAUAACUAUUCCUUUUCGGUUGAGCUCCGAGACGUGGUGUGGAACAUGUCUGGAGGUUCUGCGGAUUAUUCCAGAGACCAUGGCGGCCCAGAGGGAAUGGACCCCGAUGGUGUCAUUGAGAGUAACUGGAAUGAGAUUGUUGACAAUUUUGAUGACAUGAAUCUAAAAGAAACUCUUCUGAGAGGAAUCUAUGCUUAUGGUUUUGAAAAACCUUCUGCUAUCCAACAAAGGGCAAUCAUUCCCUGCAUUAAAGGGUAUGAUGUGAUUGCCCAAGCUCAGUCAGGUACUGGCAAGACAGCCACAUUUGCUAUUUCCAUCCUGCAGCAGCUGGAGAUUGAUCUCAAGGAGACCCAAGCUCUAGUAUUGGCUCCAACAAGAGAACUGGCUCAACAGAUCCAAAAGGUUAUUUUGGCCUUGGGUGACUACAUGGGAGCAACAUGCCAUGCAUGUAUUGGAGGUACAAAUGUCCGUAAUGAAAUGCAGAAGCUGCAAGCGGAAGCACCUCACAUAGUCGUUGGGACUCCUGGACGAGUGUUCGAUAUGCUGAAUCGACGCUACCUUUCUCCCAAAUGGAUCAAGAUGUUUGUGUUAGAUGAAGCAGAUGAAAUGUUGAGUCGUGGGUUUAAGGAUCAAAUUUAUGAAAUCUUUCAGAAGCUAAGCACAAAUAUUCAGGUAACUGAAUCAAUGUUGCUCUUCACAUAUAUGAGGCUCUAUAACACAUGUGCUGCAGUUCAUAUACUUGAUGCAUAUAAGACGUGA